AUGGCUUCGUCCUCUUCAUCAUCUUCUCCAGAAAUAUCACACUCGGCCCCGACCUUUGACCCUUCCUUCUUCUCAGAUGCCUCGCUCGACGAGGUGCUCGAGGAAUUAUCCACUCGAUUUAUCAUGAAUCUUCCGGAUCAAGAGUUGGAAUCCGUUGAGCGGAUGUGCUUCCAAGUCGAACAAGCGCACUGGUACUACGAGGAUUUUAUGCGCGAAGCGAAUCCAAAGCUUCCAAGCUUGACGCUCAAGAGAUUUUCUUCCAUCUUUUUUAACUCAUGUCCCCUUCUUCGUCAAUGGAGCGCCGAACACGAGCAAUACUUCAACACCUUUAUGCAGUACAAGGUUCGCGUUCCCGUGUGUGGCGCGAUCAUGCUCAACGACAAAUGGGAUAAGUGUAUACUUGUGAAGGGCUGGAAGUCGUCCGCAGGCUGGAGCUUUCCUAAGGGAAAGAUCAACCAGAAUGAGCCAGCACACGAGUGUGCAGCACGCGAGGUAGUCGCAGAAGAAACCGGUUUCAACAUCUCUGAAUAUAUUCGCCCAAAGGACUGCAUUGAAAUGACGAUAAGAGAGCAACGGGUGACGCUUUUCAUCGUAGGAGGGAUCCCCGAGGACUAUCCCUUCCAUACUCGUACUAGAAAGGAGAUCAGCAAAAUUGAUUGGUUUAAGCUUUCGGACCUCCCUUCUUGGAAGCGUAAUAAACAAGUUCCUGGGAAGUUUUAUUUGAUUUCUCCUUUUGUCCAGUGA